CUCUGCGCUUCUUGCGGAGCUCAGGUGUGCUGGGGUGGUGGAGAAAGUUUAGGAGCGAGUUGUAAAGAAGCGUCGAGGGUCGCGAAGCGUCGCUUGAACCCUUUUGUCUGGUGCUGUCCUGGUGCAGAGCCACGGGUGUGAAAUACGCGCUGCCUACACGAGAAAUGGCCACGCGAGUGGAGAGCAGUGGUUUUCUUCAUGGCUCUGGUUGUGAUGCUGUAGCUGUCCCUAUGCAUUAUAAGAUGUCAACAAACGCGAUCUGAGAGUUGCUAAAAUACGUUGGUCCUAUUAGCAGUUUAAUCAAAGGGAUCGGACAGGAAUCUCUAAUUUAUUGCUUGCUGAGUGUUCUGUCUGCUGAAAGUCAUGUCAUCCAUAUUGCCAUUCACUCCACCGGUGGUGAAGAGACUCCUGGGGUGGAAAAAAUCUGCUGGUGGCUCUGGAGGGGCUGGUGGUGGUGAGCAGAACGGUCAGGAGGAAAAGUGGUGUGAAAAAGCAGUGAAAAGCUUGGUCAAGAAGCUGAAGAAAACAGGACAGCUGGAUGAGCUCGAGAAGGCAAUUACCACUCAGAAUUGCAAUACAAAAUGUGUGACGAUACCAAGCACUUGCUCUGAAAUUUGGGGACUGAGUACACCAAACACGAUAGAUCAGUGGGAUACAACAGGCCUUUACAGCUUCUCUGAACAAACCAGAUCUCUCGAUGGCCGCCUACAGGUAUCUCACCGUAAAGGGUUACCGCAUGUUAUUUACUGUCGUUUGUGGCGCUGGCCGGAUCUUCACAGUCACCAUGAACUUAAAGCAAUUGAAAACUGUGAAUAUGCUUUUAAUCUUAAGAAGGAUGAAGUCUGUGUAAACCCUUACCAUUACCAGAGGGUGGAGACGCCAGUCUUGCCCCCUGUACUAGUGCCGCGGCACACUGAGAUCCUAACGGAGCUUCCGCCUCUUGAUGACUAUACCCAUUCCAUUCCUGAAAACACUAAUUUUCCAGCUGGGAUUGAGCCACAGAGCAAUUACAUACCAGAAACACCACCUCCAGGAUAUAUCAGUGAAGAUGGAGAAACAAGUGACCAGCAGUUGAACCAAAGCAUGGAUACAGGAUCUCCUGCAGAGCUGUCUCCUAGUACUCUCUCCCCAGUUAAUCAUAGCCUGGACUUGCAACCAGUUACUUACUCAGAGCCUGCGUUUUGGUGUUCGAUAGCAUAUUAUGAAUUGAAUCAAAGAGUGGGAGAAACCUUCCAUGCAUCACAGCCUUCCCUGACCGUAGAUGGCUUUACAGAUCCAUCAAAUUCCGAACGGUUUUGCCUAGGUCUGCUCUCCAACGUUAACAGAAACGCUACAGUGGAAAUGACAAGGCGACACAUAGGAAGGGGAGUGCGUCUCUAUUAUAUCGGUGGAGAAGUUUUUGCCGAGUGCCUAAGUGAUAGUGCGAUUUUUGUUCAGAGCCCCAACUGUAAUCAAAGAUAUGGCUGGCAUCCUGCAACUGUGUGCAAAAUUCCACCAGGAUGCAAUCUAAAAAUCUUUAAUAACCAAGAAUUUGCUGCUCUUCUGGCUCAAUCUGUGAAUCAGGGUUUUGAAGCAGUUUAUCAGCUUACUAGAAUGUGUACCAUAAGAAUGAGUUUUGUUAAAGGAUGGGGAGCUGAAUACAGACGGCAAACGGUAACAAGCACUCCUUGCUGGAUCGAACUUCAUCUGAACGGACCUCUACAAUGGCUGGACAAAGUAUUGACUCAGAUGGGCUCCCCUUCAGUACGCUGCUCCAGCAUGUCGUAAAACUCCUUCCUCCCUUACCAGUGGGCUAAAUAUUGAGUCCAAUCAACAGACUUAAUAUAACAGCUCAUCUGUCGUUAGUAUUUGUGUGUGGUCCCCAUGAACUGUUUACUAUCCAAAAAGGUUUUUAAAAAAAAAAAAAAAGAAAAACAAAAAAAAAGAAAAACAGCACUUGAGGUCUCAUCUAUUAAAGCACCUUGUGGAUUCUGUUUCCUAUACUCUGAUACUAGAUGAAAAUUUAGUGUAUAGAAAUGCCUUCUUCAGAAAGAAGAAGGGACAGUUCUAAAGACUCUUAAUGGUGUUUUUAUGGGGUAUAUAAUUGAGUGUCCUAAUGGUUUAUCAAUAACAUGAAUAGCUAAGUAUAUGUACAGGUAAUGUAUCAUGAUCUCAAAUAUCACAGUAUUGUGCUGUUCUACAUUUUAGUUCCCAUAAAUAGUUGUUUGGUUUUUUGAUUGGGGCAAAUCUCUCAUAAAAUUCCAAGACUCUACUCCUUUAUUCUUUUUUAUUUUUUUAUAUAAGCAGAUUUUUGAGUUGUCCUAAACAUAAAAAGCAGACUUUCCUUGUAGAAAAGCUUAACUUUUUGCUGCCUUCUUAAAGAAAAAGAAAAUCCCUCCAUUGGAAGGGAAAGAAAUGUCUUGAGAUUCAUCUGUGAAAUCUUAAGAUGCUUUAUAUGCUUAAUGGGGCCUAAAAUGAAUUCAUAUUAUAAAUUCUGAGUAUCCAUCACACUAGGAGUCUAUUUUCCCUACCCAUCUGAGCUGAUGCAUCUGUUGCCAGCAAUAUUGCUGGCACUGAUGUAAUUUGUGACUUCUUUUGUACCUCGAAUCAUUGAAAUCAGUGUGUUUUCUCAUGGAAUGAGAAUUUACUGUAGCAUUUUGGAUACUGGAUUAAGUAGACAAGGUUACUGGCUUACCCCUUACAUCUGUGUUUUUUUCAUUAAACAGAUGUCACUAAAAAGAAUGGAUUUUUUUAGUUUUUUGGAGCCAGAUACCUUGAAAAAAAUCCUUUCCCAGGGUAAACUAGACUCUUUCGUAUAGGUUUUAAGUAGAUGCAGCUUCUUAACAUAUUUCAGUAACAGAAUUUAAAUUUCUGAUCGGAGUGGCUUUGUCUAGCUUACUUACAUACCAGAUCAUACGCAUUCAUUACGUCAUAAUGGGCCUUGUUAUUAAAAGUAGUUGCUUCUGCAAAACCCCUAGGAUAGUGGUUGCUGAGGUAUGACCAGCGAAGAAGGACUUCUAGGUUCUUCAUGACAGUGCAUGUUAUUGUGAACCCUUGGACACUACAGCUGCACCAUAUUAAAAAUAUUCUGAAAUAUAUUCUACAGAUAAGUCUGGGUUGGGAAAGGGUUGGGAAACUGUAUAGAAGGGUUAUUCUGACUUGAAAAAAAAUAUCUUACUAACAAUCUUGUGAUCUAGCUGUCUGUCAUUCUUUUGUUAUUGUGGCAGUAGCGGGAUUGCCUUUGUCUGUUUUUUGUUUUGUUUUUUUUUUUUCCCCCAUUGUUUAAUCCAUUACACUAGUUCUGUACUUUGUAAGUACAACUAGUGAGAACUUUAGCUUUGAGAACAAAAAUGUGGCCAGUGUUACAGCUUUUAAUCAGUCGACUGAAUCGAUGAUAGCGAUGGAUAUUUUUAUGCCAUAAUGACUAGGGCAUAGAAGCAAUACCAAAAAUCAAGCCUUGAAAAAAUGGGCCAGACACCUUUAAAAAAAUUUGGCAAAGCAGUUACCAGUUUGUGUUAGUUUUACCAGUAGACUAAUGUAUUGGUAGAACUUGUGAACCUAAGAAAUAUGCUUCAUGCGUGUUGCAUUUGCCUAAUAUGUGAAUACACUAAUAAAAGUUUUAAUUCUCAUGA